AUUAUACAGGGGCGUGUCCGACGACCUGGAGGCGGGCCCUGCCGUCCCGUGGGCGGGGCCGGUGGCCGAACUGGCCUGGAGACUCGGGGAUCUGAAUCCUUCUCCAGCGGCCAGGGAAACGCCGGACCAUGGGCUCCCAGGAGCGGGAAGCACAGAGGUGGCGGGGCUGAGCCCCGCUGAGACCUCUGGGCCGGCCAUGGGCGACCGUGAACGCAACAAGAAGAGGCUGCUGGAGCUGCUGCAGGCUGCGGGCACAGGCAACGGGCACUGCGCGGACUGCGGGGCAGCGGAUCCUGACUGGGCCUCUUACAAGCUGGGAAUUUUCAUCUGUCUCCACUGCUCUGGCAUCCAUCGCAACUUUCCAGACAUCAGCAAAGUUAAAUCCGUGAGAUUGGACUUCUGGGACGACAGUAUGGUGGAGUUCAUGACUCACAAUGGGAACCUCAGUGUGAAAGCCAAGUUUGAAGCUAGAGUCCCAGCUUUCUACUAUGUCCCUCAGGCCAACGACUGCCUGGUCUUAAAGGAACAAUGGAUUCGAGCUAAGUAUGAAAGACAGGAGUUUAUGGCUGAUGAGAAAGCUGUCUCACCCCCAGGUAACCGAGAAGGGUUCCUGUGGAAGCGAGGACGGGACAAUGCACAGUUCCUGAGAAGAAGGUUUGUCCUUCUGUCUAGGGAAGGCCUCCUGAAGUACUACACCAAGGAGGAGGGUAAAGCCCCAAAGGCUGUCAUCAGCAUCAAGGAUUUAAAUGCCACCUUCCAGACAGAGAAGAUCGGACAUCACCAUGGACUGCAGAUCACCUACAGGAAAGAGGGCCACACCAGGAACCUGUUUGUUUAUCAUGACAGUGGGAAGGAGAUAGUGGAUUGGUUCAAUGCUCUCCGUGCAGCCCGCCUGCAAUACCUAAAAUUGGCCUUUCCUGAUCUCCCAGAGUCCGAGCUCGUGCCUCUCAUCACCAGGAACUACCUCAAACAAGGCUUCAUGGAGAAGACUGGUCCAAAGCAUAGAGAACCCUUCAAGAAAAGAUGGUUUGCCUUGGAUUCUCAGGAGCGGAGGCUGCUGUAUUAUAAGAAUCCCCUGGAUGCUUUUGAGCAGGGCCAGGUUUUUCUGGGAAGCAAGGAGCAGGGAUACGAAGUAUGGGAAGACCUGCCCAAGGGCAUCCGAGGGAACCGCUGGAAGGCCGGAAUUACUGUCAUCACUCCAGAGCGGAAAUUCAUCUUCACCUGCCCCACUGAGAAGGAACAGCGGGAAUGGCUGGAGAGUCUGAGGGGCGUCCUGUCCAGUCCCUUGUCGCCCCUCCACCUCCUCAGUGAGAAGUUGGGGGUGGGUGGGGGUUCUUUUGGGUGAGGGCAGAAAAGGGCUCCUUCACUGUGGUCCCAGAGGGGCCUGACUCAGCUUUUUUGAGUCUCCCUCAUUUCCUGCCAUAGAAAAGCACACACUGCACUUUUUUUUUUUUUUUUGCCAGAAAGUCCCUUUUCCACCAAGUUCCUCUAUGCAGCCAUCCUCAUGAACUUCAGGAGGAAUUUGGCCCUAGCAGAAUUGCAGAGGCUGGCUACCCUCUGAGCAGAUUCCUCCCCACACCCUUGUCCUUUUUCUCACAAGAAAACACUGGCCUGUGAUCCUUAGCAGAGGUCACCCUGCCGGGAACCCACAGAGAUUCUGGAUUCCUCCCCACCCAGAGGGAAGGCUAUUUUUAGUGCUGUCUUUUUCCUCAGCCCUCUCGUUUGUCUGUCUCCCUCCUCUUCACCCCAGAUGUGUCACAAGAAGACUGUUGCCAUCUGUUGACAACCCUAUGAAAAGCUGAGUUAGGGAGGAAGCCUCUGGCCCAGGGCCAAGCUUCUAGGGCAUAAAGGAAAAGCUGUGUAUUUGGAAGAAUACAAACUGAACAGGAGACCCCAACAGCCCUUGGGGGAAGCCCUGAUGCCUCCCUAGACUCACCAGUAUGGAUACAACUGUCUCAGGCUAGCCCAGGCCUUUAAUCUCAGUGUUGGGGCCAGAGGCAGAUAGAACUCUGUGUGUUCAAAGCCAGCCUGGUCUACAUAGUGAGUUCCAGGACCCCUGGAGCUACAUAAUGAGAGACUCUGUUUCCAAAACCCAAACAAAACAAACAAAAAAACCUAACCCACGACUGCCUUGGCCAUCCAGUUCCCAAACCCAAGCACACAGAAGGCAAUUGACUGAGCAUCCCGACAGCUGCUCUCUGCUCUCUGUGGGCCUGAAUCCCCAAGUCUCUGCCCCUGCUUUCCUCUCUGUUUUUACCAACUCGUCUAUCUCCUUUGGCCUGUUUUUUGUUUCUCCCUGUUUUAUUCUAAUUUAAGGUUUCCUGUGUUGUCCCGGCUCCCUCUGUCAGGCCACACAUGUCCCCUCCAUGUUCUGCUCCCCCAAGCAGGGCAGCACCAGCAUGGCUAUCUUCCCCAGUCCCCCUGUUUCCCUUGCAGCCACAUCAGCAGAGACUGGCUGUGGCCUGAGGUGACCCAUCUUGGAGGAUCUGGCUGGCUACUGAGCAUCUGAAGUCCUGGAGAAGCGUUCACCUCAGCCCAGGUUGUCCUGAAGGAAGCCCUGAGGCCAGCAGCUGCCCUGUCAGUGAACUCUGUCAAGGCUCAGGGUGUGGUUGAACCUAUGGCUCCCAGGCUCCUUCCGGCAAACAUUCCCUAGUCUGGAGGAGCUGGUACAGAGAAGAAUUCAGCUCUCCAAGCUUAGAAGUCCUGAAGGGUUCCUUAGACUGCACUGAGAGCUGGCCAUGGUGAUGUGUGCCAGUCACAGAGUCAAGAGUGCCAUGAGCCCAGUGACAACCUGGACUACACUGGGAGUUCAAGUCUAGCCUGAGUUAUAUAGCAAGACCUUGUCUCAAAAACAAACAAACCAAAAACCAAAAAAAAAAAAAAAAAAAAAAAAAAACCAGAAAAAAAAAAUCCAGCACUUGGGAGACAGAGACUGACAGAUCCCGGACAGUCACAGUCAGGGCUGGUUACACUGAGAAAUCCCAUCUAGAAAAACUAAAAACAAAAAAAAACAGAAACAAAAGCAAACAAGCAAGCAAGCAACAACAACUGCAGAUAGGGGUGGACGUUGCAAUAAAAAGGUGCCCACAGCAUUCAGAUUGUGCAAACAGAAAAAAUUUAAAGUUUAAUCUAAACCUGACUAUGAAGAAAUCCUCAGACAUUCAUUUAUUACUUACAUGUUACUAUAUAGCCAGCCUGGGAUUCAAAUGACAGGAUUGUAAAAGAUAAAAUUGGCCAGGCAUGGAUGCAUGCCUUUAGGCCCAUGCACUCAGCGGGCAGAAGCAGGCACAUCUCAUUGAGUUUAAGGCCAGGCUGGCCUACAUAGUGAGUUCCAAGACGACCAGAGCUAUGUAUAGAGAAUUUGUUUCAAAAAACUGAGGAGAGGGGGUGGCACAUACAGACAGACCAAAGCCACGGAUGGUAGUACCUAUAAUUUUAACAUUAGGGAAGUAGAGGCAGGAAGAUCAGAGGCUCUGCUAUUAUACAUAGUGAAAGGCUAACCUGGGUUACCUGAAACCCUCAUUCAAAGAAGAAGAAAACACAGAACCUGUACCAAGUCAUGGCAACAAAUGCAGUUUGAGAUUCUUGAUUGGAA